UCUAUUGUCGCCAUUUUUUAUGUGAGGUGGGGAAUAAUAGAAAUAUAAGGGCUAGCUACUGUCUUAGGGGGGAGGAGGAGAGGAACAGCGACCUUUUUCUUUCGGGGUCUGUCUGAUAUCGGCCUCCGUUCUAUUUCCUUUUUUUCCCAUCUUGCUCUUCCCUUUCCGAAGGCGAUUGUAGAGGAAGGAGAGUGGAGAAGAAAAGAGCUGAGAGAGAGAGAGCGGGAGACAAAGAUCGAUGGAGGUCGGGAAGAGGCUUUCAAUCCCACAGAAAGACAACGAUGGCUUCAAAGUCUAGAGUCCUCCCCACCCAACAACACAACGAGCUAAAUUAACCUGAAAUUUGGGCUGCCGGCCACCACGAUGAUGAUUGUUGGAACACCGGCAUGGGAAUAGCGACGCCGCCUUCUCAGCCCGCCUGCCCCUACCUCAGCCCACCGAAGACCGUCUCGAGAACCCCCGGCAGGCCUAAUUCCCCGACUUCUAUGUCCCAAGGCUUCCACCACGGCAUCUUCGGCUUCUCCGAUGGCUUUGACAGGUCCACCAGCCAAGAGCAGCAGCAGCAGCAGCAGCACAUCGCCCAGCAAAGCCGGCGGGACAAGCUAAGAGUGCCGGGCUUCGAGCCCGGCGGCCAUCCUCUUGUCCCCAUAGAGGAGCAAGGCGAGGAGUCCAGCAUCUACGACUCCACCGCCGCUGCCGCCGGGGCCAGUAACAUGCUGUCUGAGAUGUUCAAUUUUCCCACUUCCGACUUGCUCGCCGGCCAGAUCUACCGCCAGACACCGCGGCCAGGGCCGAUGGCCGGAUUCUCGGGGGACUGGUACGGUGCCAACCGACAAGGGGUGGUGCUGGGUGGUACUGACAAUUUGGGCUCCCUUGGUGACUCCACAGCGAAGCACCACCAUGAUCGCAGCCAUCAGCAGCAUCCCAUCUCGGGGCUGAACGCUGACUCCGCAGCCGCCAUGCAGCUGUUUCUCAUGAACCCGACGCUGCAGCCACCGCCACCCCAGCAGCAGCACCAUAGGUCUCCAUCCCCACCUCCACCAGCUCCUCCUCCCACUCUCCACCACCUCCAUCACCACCAGCAACAAGCCUUCCAGUCCUUCAGCGAUGCAUCCUUCGGCGGGGGAGUCGGGGAGAGCCAGGGCCUAUCGCUAUCGCUGUCGUCGUCGCUGCAGCAAUUCGAGAUGCCGAAAGCCGAGGAGCUGAGGGUUCGAGAUGGGGUGCUCUACUUCAACAACCAAGCGCAGCAGCAGCAGCAGCAGCAGCACCUUUCUUCGCUACACUUACAAGGUCACGGUCACGGCCAGGCAGUGCACAUUGAGUGCGGGCCGAUGGGAGUGGUGAAUGUGCUCAGGAACGCCAAGUACGCGAGGGCGGCACAGGAGCUCUUGGAAGAGUUCUGCAGUGUUGGGAGGAGCCAAUUGAAGGGGAGUAGAAUAGGGCGGCACGCCGGCAGCUCUUCGAACCCUAACCUUAAGCCUAUCCAUGGCGGCGGCGGCGGCGCUUCUAGCUCUGCCGCCGCUGCCGGGUCCUCUUCGUCUUCUAAGGACCUCCCUCCUUUGUCUCCUGCUGAUAGGUUUGAACACCAGAGGAAGAAGGCCAAGCUCAUCUCCAUGCUUGACGAGGUGGACAGAAGAUACAACCAUUACUGUGACCAGAUGCAGAUGGUGGUGAAUUCCUUUGACUCCGUGAUGGGCUUUGGGGCUGCGACACCAUACACUGCGCUUGCCCAGAAGGCCAUGUCGCGGCACUUCCGGUGUCUCAAGGAUGCAAUUGCUGAACAACUGAAGCAGACAUGCGAGCUCCUUGGCGAGAAGGAAGCCGGGAGCAGCUCAGGCCUGACCAAGGGGGAGACCCCAAGGCUUCGGUUGAUAGACCAAAGCCUGCGGCAGCAAAGGGCCUUCCACCAGAUGGGGAUGAUGGAACAGGAGGCUUGGAGGCCUCAGCGUGGCCUUCCAGAACGCUCAGUGAAUAUUCUGAGAGCAUGGCUUUUUGAGCAUUUUCUUCAUCCGUACCCAAGUGAUGCAGAUAAGCAUCUGUUGGCAAGGCAGACAGGUUUAUCCAGAAAUCAGGUCUCCAAUUGGUUCAUUAAUGCUAGAGUCAGGCUAUGGAAGCCCAUGGUGGAGGAGAUGUACCAACAAGAAGCCACGGAGGGCCCAGAGGAGAGAGAUCAAGGAGCACAUUCACCGGCACAGCAGCAGCAGCCACAAGGCCAGAGACCGGACACCGAUGCGCCAUCCGAAAUUGACCCAUCUCUGGCCCCACCUCCCACCAGCCGGCACCACCACCACCUGCUGGCCACCUCCUCCUCCUCCGCGGACAACCCGCCACCAGCGGCGGUGGGUCAUCCAUCCAGUGGUGGUGCAGGAGGAGGAGGAGGAGGCGACAAUGCCCCCCUCGUCGGCAUCGGCGCACCGGAGCUCUGCAGGUCCGACGUGCACAUGGGGCCCACCGACGACACUUACCGCUACGGGGCCACCUCCGCCGCCACCUUGGGGCCUGCCGCACAGAUGAGGUUUGGGACUGCUGGCGAUGUGUCGCUCACUCUGGGGCUACGGCAUGCCGGAGGGAAUGCCGCAGAGAAGGGCGCCCGCUUCUCGGUCAGGGACUCCAGUGGCUGUUAGGGUGGAGUCAAAGGUUGAAGAAAGAAAGAAUUAAAGGAAACAGAAGAUUAAUGACAGAGAUGAAUCUUCUUUUAACCAUUUUAGCCUUCCUUUUUGUUUUUUAGAGAAAAAAUAUAUAGCAAAAGAACAUAGAAAUGUAUGAUAUAGAUUGUUUUGCAGGCCUUCUUUCUUUUCUUUUCCUUUGUAAAUUCAAGAGCACAUACAUAUUGCUAUUGGGGAGACGGACCGUCACAAGAACUAAGGAUUAAUAGCGUGAGCA